AUGGCGUCCGAAACCCCACAGAUCCACGUUGUUCCCGCGGUUACGGAAGACUACGAUGGGGAAGAUUUCGAGGCUGAUGAGAUCCCCGAACAGCUACAGGACGAAUGUCUGAUCAAUUACUUUCGGUGUCGAUACAAGGAGCGACCAGCAUUGGAGACGCAAUAUGAAGAAAAUUCACAGAAAAGAAUCAGACGCGAGAUUGAUAGGAUCGAUAAGCUCAGGGAAGGCUUUGAUGACACGGAGCGAAAUAAGCCAGAGGUUGAGUUGUUCUUAUAUCGCCAAACGAUGUGGAGAAAGCAUGCUAUUGCCAAAUGCGACGAGAAUCUCAAAAAUGUCGAAACCAGAGUGGUAAAGUGGAUAUACUUGAACAGGUUCGAAACGAAAGCUGCCAGCGAUCGACGGAUCGAACUAGAGAAGAAAAUCCUCAGGAAGGUUUCAACCUGGCAUGAUCCAGUCGAGCCGCCUUUACCCAAAAUCCUACUGGACGCGAAAAAAGCGGAAGAGGAUGCAGCAUCACAUACCAAAGAUCCGCUGGCACAUCUCAUCGAGAAGGUAUCUAAUAAGCUCAGAUCGAAAAAGGAGGAAGCAAAACUACCUCCCUCGCCACAUCGCGAGGCCACUGAUACACGCGAAUUCAAGCUUCCCGCUGAUGACUACGGGAUCAGUGUUCAUGAAAUCAUAUUACAACGAUCUGAUAAAUCUUGCCCGUCAUCAUACAUGGACUACAAGUCAAACAGACAUUCACUUUCUAAGAUCCUUUUGGCGAAUGAUCAGAAUCCCUUAAAUGAGCCGUGCAAACCGAAUACAAUCCGAUAUUUCCAUUUUCCUGCCAAUAAUAUGCAUUGGAUCGAGGAAGCCAUUGCCAGGUAUCAUGGCGAGGAGACUCCGGGAGAAUUCAACUAUCGGAAGCACGACAAGUAUUGUGAGAAAUCGUCCAAUUUUCUUUGUCGCCAGUUUUGGACUUCUUUGCAGCAUGGUGGGAUAUACGAUCCUAUCCACGCACGACAUAUGAGGUCUCACUGUUCUCUGAUUACUCCUGAUACGGCUCGCGGUUCCGACCCUAUUACAGGAAGCAAGAACUUUGUCGUUUUCAUGCCUUAUUUACACUGGGAAACACAUCGAAGACGAAAGAAAAUGACGCAAAUCAUGAAAGAGAUAACAGAAGAAUAUCAUCGUGACCGACCACAUGUUACCGAGACUCUACGAGAAGAAAUGGGAAAGACUGCUGAGGAACUGUAUCUCAGACACGCUCGACAGCUGACUGAUUUUCUCGCGAUGGAAGAAGCAGCGAAGAAGAAGAAAGAGAAGAAGAAAGCGAAGCCAGUGAAACGAGGGGAAAAGAAGAAGAAACGAGGGGCACUUGGAGAAUAUUUGUUACAGAUCGCGAGAAUCUACGAUGCGCUUGAUAUUGAAUCUGACGUCAGGAUUCUGCGAGAUCAUUUGCACAAAGACCCACCAUUGCAUGCAAGACGAACGCUCGACCAGUCAUACUAUUGGAAGCUUCAGAACACAGAUGGCAGGGAUGAGGACCAGGUCGUAUAUCGUGAAACUAAGCGAGGGAAGAAUAUUUCAAGAACUUCGAGGGUGAUCAUGGUCGAUCAACUAUGGUUAUACGUCCUCGAUGAUAAUACCAUCAUCUCCAGCUUUCCAAGAAGAUGGGGACGAAACAAGCCAGAUUGGUCUGGUGUGCAUAAAGGUAUUCGUGCCCGGCUCGAUCACCUCCGUGAGGGCGAAAUUCGGUCCGUCUACGACAUGGCUCUGUUGAUCAUGAACCAAUGCUCAACCGUUUUCUUUGAUCGAACCAAGCCUGUCGAUGAGCGACCUGAAGUUCUUGACAUUUUCUCAAAUGCCCUCAGCCAUGUUUCUGGAAUGAAAUGUAUCUCAUUCGAGUCUUUCUGGAGACAACUUGACAAGCUUAGCUCAAACGACUACCAAGAAGCGGACCUUGAAGCAACUGCCCGUAGGUACUUGAACAUCAACCCAGAAGGUGAGUUGCUUCGCGAAACUCACGACAUAAUUGAAGAACUGCGAAUGAUGUCGCAUAUCUUUACCGAGCAGCUCCACGUCGUUGAGCAGUUUACUAGCCACUUGCAACAUUUGAAGGAAAAGGAAGAUGAAAAGCAAACGACCGAAAUGAAGAUGUUGGAUGUUAUGACUGAGGUACGAAAGCUAUUGGAAGAAAGAUUCGAGAAGGAAAAGGAUCAGGUAGACACCUAUUCUUCUCAAACGGUGUCCACUGUCCAAAAGAACCACUCGACUGAGAAUGGAUCCGCUCGCUACGCUCAUCCUGCCACGAUACCAGUGAUUGACGAUACUCCGACUGUGAAAGGGACGAAUGUGGGACCAACUGACCUAGCAGUUUUAAAAGCAGGACUGGCAGACCCACUGUCAAUACCUUCAGAUGGAAUACUAGCGGCAGAGAGGGUAGCAGACGCAGGUUGUCAAACAACAAUAUCUGUUGCCAAGAUAUCGAUCCCGGAAAGUACUAUUCAAUCUGCUCAAGAGGUCGUUCGGGAGAUUUCUGGCCGCAGAGCAGAGCUACACAAACUGGAGCAGAGUACCGUCUAUGUCUCUGAUCAGCUGAAAGAUCUCCUCGAUCUCAAACAGCAACAAGCAAGUAUCAUCGAGGCCAAAUAUGCGCUGAAACGUGCAGACGAAAGCGUCUCUCAGGGCAGAUCCAUCAUGCUGUUCACGAUUGUCACAAUCAUCUUCUUGCCGCUGUCUUUCAUGAGUUCUGUUUUUGGGAUGAAUGCAAAAGAUUUUUCGGAUGCGAAGGGCGACCCGAACAUGAGUCUGAAGCAUAUUUUCAAAUUACUUUUCCCAAUAUCCGUCGGCGUUAUCAUCAUCUCUCUCGCACUGGCCUUCAGCACGUUCAUCCGCAGCCUGUUCUACUUCAUCGGCUCUAUCAUUUGGGCUUUCAUCUACGAGUACUCAUACGCUCGAUACAUCUGGCAUACCUCUGUCCACAUCUUCAACAAACUUACCAAGAGAACGGAUAAUCCAAAGGAUCAUAAGAGUGAUGGCUUUUAUGGCUUGAGGAACGAGGCUGUCAGGUGGAUAUAUGGUCGAAAGGAAAGGUCCAAGUUGAAGAAAGAAUGGAACAAAGCGAAGUUGUUGGAGAAGGAAAGACUAGAGAGAUUGGCAGACGGCGGUCUUGUGGUAAAAGGAGGAUCGAGAGCUGGCUUGAGCACAGGCUUAUCGAAUGGUGAUGCGAGCGCACAUGGAGCUGUUGCGACUGGGACGGAGGGGAGGAGGUUAUCAACCGCAGGUACUAAUAGUUCGAAUGGAUUACCUCCUGGGAGUGCUGGGGAUAGUGUGGAUGGGAAGAGACGGAGGUUCGGAGGUACUUUGCUGAGGGGUAGUAGUGGAAAUCUUAGCAAUAAGAACCCUGUAUGA